AUGGCGCUCGCCACCAAGACGCAGUCGCAGAACAUCUUUGCGAAAUUGAAGGGAAAGCCGGCCAACAAGAUAUGUUUCGACUGCGGCGCAAAGAACCCAACAUGGAGCUCAGUGCCGUUCGGCAUCUACCUCUGCCUCGACUGCUCCUCGAAUCACCGCAACAUGGGCGUCCACAUCUCGUUUGUCCGAUCAACGAACCUCGACAUCUGGCAAUGGGACCAGCUGCGGAUCAUGAAGGUUGGCGGCAACGAGAGCGCGACCAAGUACUUCCAGUCGCACGGCGGCUCUGCUGCGCUCGCCAGCAAAGACCCCAAGGCCAAAUACACAAGCAACGCAGCGACAAAGUACAAGGAGGAGCUGCAAAGGCGAUGUGCCACCGAUGCUAGGCAAUACCCCGAAGAGGUUGUAAUCACAGACGUUCCCGACGUUGUUGGCAGCGAGAGCAACACCCCUGCCGGUGAAGACGACGACUUCUUCUCCUCAUGGGACAAGCCCACCAUCAAGCGACCCUCGAACCCGCCUUCGCGAACCGGUACACCGCGCGCCCAGUCACCUUUCCUCAAGCCAGGCGCCGCUGGCAAUGGAGCAGACCGCCCUAAAUCGCCGCUCGUUGCCGCAGAAGCGACCACACCUGCUGUUGUGAAGCCCACAGUCCGCAAGACCACUGCGGGCGCUGCGCCCAAGAAGAAUAUUCUGGGCGCAAAGAAGAAGGGUCUGGGAGCUAAGAAAGUGGUUGCUGCCGACGGCGGCUUGGACUUUGAGGAGGCCGAGCGCAAAGCAAGGGAGGAGGCCGAGCGUGUCGAGAAGCUGGGAUACGACCCAGACGCUGAAGCUGCUGAGACGGCAGCCACAACGAAGUCCAAGGCUGCCGAAGCCUCGAACAUCGCAGCCCCUACUCCAGUUUCACCAGCACGGGGAGGGUUUGGCUCGACAGCCAAGCCAGAUCGCUGGGACGCAGACACGGAGAGACUGGGCAUGGGCGUCGCACGCCUUGGAUUUGGACAAGUCGGUGCAGCCAAGAAGGCUGCCCCAGCAAAAAAGAUGGGCGGCUUUGGCAGUGUGGGCAAGCCAGCCGAAGAUGACAGCGAAAAAUACGCGCGCCAGAAGUUUGGCACCCAAAAGGGCAUCUCCAGCGACGAGUUCUUUGGGAGGAACAACUUCGACCCUGCGGCAAAUGCACAGGCAAAGGAGCGUUUAUCAGGCUUCGAGGGUGCAUCUGCCAUCUCAUCCAACGCAUACUUUGGCCGCCCUGAAGACGACAUUCCCGAGGACGACUACGGCGACCUAGAAAGCGCUGCCAAGGACUUUGUGCGCAAGUUUGGCCUCACAGCUGGUGACGAUCUAGAGAACUUGUCAAACAUGCUUGGCGAGGGUGCUGGGAAACUGCAGGGCGCUAUCCGCAACUACCUGAACUCGUAG